UUGAGUCGCAACUCAGAGGACGGAAUUCAAACGUUGAGCUAAAGUUAUUAUGGCGACUUCACCCUCAGUGCCAUCAUGUGAACGGGUCCUGUUCUGUAGAAUUAUAUGCAAAGGAAACUUCUCCAAGUAGGCCUCCUUUCAAGUGCACUAUCAAAAGGAUGGAUCGCGCACCUCAAGUGUAGGAAUCUCCAUCUCCUCGAGCGCAGAACACCACAUUUGUUAUUUACUGUUCCUAUGUAAAAUCAAGAGGGAAAUUGGUCAGAAUCUUAUUGAAAAUUAAGGUUAACCUUGAGACAGCUGUAGAUUUAUCUCCCUAUCCACACACCAGAGGAAGACGCUACAAUACACAGUAGACACUUUUCAAAUCUCUGCUGCUGCUUCACAGCCCACCUUCCACCAUGCUAUCUAAAGAGCACAACAGCGAGCCCAAGGCUGCCAAGGUUAACCUGUUCAGGAGAAGUAAUACCUGUAUGAAGACCGAGGAUGAGAAGAAAGGGAAGGAGAUCCAAUAUGAAGACCCCCCGGACGGUGGCUGGGGCUGGAUGGUCGUACUUCACUGCUUCCUGGUGAAUGUGCUGGUGAUGGGGACCCUAAAAAGCUUUGGGAUCUUCUUCGUGGCAUUCCAGGAUGAGUUCGGAGGGUCAGCAGAGAGUAUCAGCUGGAUCGGCUCCAUCAUGUCUAGCCUGCGGCUCUCAGGAGGUCCCUUGGCCUCUGUAGCUUGUGCGAAGUUGGGUAACAGAGUGACCUCUAUAGCCGGGGCUGUGCUGGUCAGUGUUGGCUUCCUCAUGAGUAUCUUUGCCACCAGCGUGGUAUUCCUCUAUAUCAGCAUGGGGCUGAUUGUAGGCCUUGGUUUUGCGCUCCUGUACCAAGCCACCUCAGUUGUCACGGCAACAUAUUUCCGUAAGAGGUUAGCAACGGCAUACUCCAUCGGAAGGUCUGGGAUGGGCUUGACCUUUGCCCUCGCCCCCUUCACUCAGCUGCUGCUGGAAAAGUAUGCCUGGCAAGGAGCUCUGCUGAUCCUGGGAGGCCUGAUGUUGAACCUGGUGGCCUCUGGGAUGCUGCUAAGACCCAUCCACGUGAAGCCUGCACCACCCCCAUCCUCAUCCUCAUCGUCAUUCAUCCAAAAAAGCCCUCUGAUAGGUCCAGAGAAGGAAAAGAACUGCCCUCAGAAUGGAUGCUGCCUUAACGGAUCCACGCCGUUAACCAAUGGCAUCGCCAAAUCAGACUCUUCCCGUUCCAUUCCUCCACCCCUCCACUGGGAAGCUGAGACCCAAGAGAAGGCCACGACCCAUGGGCUGGGUCAGAGCAACCACAGCCACCCACCUCCACCAAACCCUGAACUGACCAAACGUGUCCAGAACAGGCAGGUGAACGGGAACGUUCAGGAGCAGUCCCCCACCACGCCACUCACAGACACCCCCAGUCCUGUGGAACAGAACGGUACCAUUAGCAUAAACGGUUCCUCUGUGGUUGGGUUCUCCUCGCCGAACGGCACCACCACCGUGGACGACCCUAUCCCACCGUUCGUGAAAAACCGAGUCCUGGACUUCUCCCUGUUAAAGAACCCCUUCUUCUGCAUCUAUACCUGGUCCCUGGUGUUUAGCCAGCUGGCUUACUUCAUCCCUUACUUCCACCUGUCUGCCCGGGCCAGGAACCUGGGCAUUGACGCCAUGGACGCUUCCUUCAUCAUCUCUGUGGCAGGUAUCACAGAGACUAUAGCCCAGCUAGGCUCUGGUUGGCUAGCGGAUAAGAACCUGUUCCAUAAGUACCACUACCACAAGGCCUACCUGAUCCUGUGUGGAGUGGUCAACCUGUUUGCCCCGCUGGCUAACACCUACAUCCUGCUCAUGGUUUACGCUGUCUUCUUUGCCAUCUUCUGUGGCGGCUACAUGGCACUGCUACUGCCUGUCCUGGUGGACCUGGUAGGACAAGAAAAACUCAACAACUCCAUGGGAUUCUCUAUGUUCUUCGUAGGCCUUGGCUGUCUGACCGGACCUCCUCUCGCAGGUUUCCUGUAUGACUACACCCAGACCUACGACUGCUCCUUCUACCUGGCGGGGGGGUGUUACCUGCUGUCCUCUUUAUCUCUCUUCCUGGAGCCCGUGGCGAGGAGGUGGCAGAGCAGGAGGAAGAGACGCGAGGCGCGGAGCGCAGACACCAGCUGGAAGACCAACGGUUGCUUCUGCCCCGAACCAGAGCUCCCUGUCCUGAAGAACAACAACGGCGUUGUCUAGAUGGUGGUUUCACCACAGCUUUCACAUUUGGUUCCUUGGAAUGUUCUGAGAAUAUUGUAUGCAAAAAUAACCAUAGGGCAAUCACCAUGCCUUAACAAUCACUACGGUCCUUAGAACAUUUUGAUCUAGCUGGAACAUUAUCGGACUCCCCAACUCUACUUCAUCAAGCCUGGAAUCAAGGCUAUCUAGAUGGAGGGAGGGCAGGGUUGGCUUCCUGCUCUUAAUAAAUGCUAGACGCUUGACGAUUAUCCAAAGUGACUUAUAGUACAGUGAGUACAGACAUUUUUAGUAUUUGGGAUCCUAGCUGCAAUCGAACCCGCGACCUGUGCUAGAGCCAUUGCUCUUAUUAACUGAGCCACACAGAACUGUGUAAGAGGGAAGAAGGGCAGAGUUGGCUGCUUCCACCCUUUCUCUCACUCUCCUUAAUAAAACAAGCAUGGACCUCCAUGUGCCGACUGUGCCAGUUGGACCUCCAUGUGCCGACUGUGCCAGUUGGACCUAAGUUACCCAGCUUUUGGAUGGGCUGAAAUGACCGUGCCCCUUUGGAGAAAGCCAAGGAAUACCCAACUGACUGACUGGCUGGAUGGCUGACUGGCUGGAUGGCUGGCUGGAUGGCUGGCUAACAGACUGACUGAAUGGCUGACUGGCUAGCUGACUGACGGACUGAGGAGAUGAUGACCACAGCUAUAUGAAUAGUCUAAUAAUGGUUGUGGAUUGGUUGACAUUCAGUCCAUAAAGAGAGACAGAAAACAGAUCAUCCUGUUUUGUAACUUUGAAAAUAAACCAAAUUUACACUUAUUCUGCUCGGCCAUAUAUGUUAUCACUCAUGUUCUCAUGGAAUCGCCUGACGCCUGCGACACAAAUCUCAUUGUAGUGUCGACUAAUGUGGCUGGAACACUUUUCCUUCGGUAUGAGGAGGAAUUGAACAAGGCAACAACCUGACACAAAACAGUCACUGUAGUCUCUACAAUCACAUCCAUAUGAAUCAGAAACCAUACACCUCUGUGUGUCAUACAGUACACCAUGAAUAUGAAGUACACCAUGAAUAUGAAGUACACCAUGAAUAUGAAGUACACCAUGGAGGAGUCUUGGGAUGCGUCCCAAUUGGUACCAUAUUCCCUAUAUAGUUUACUGCUUUUGAGCAGGGCUCCCAUACAGCUUCCAUAGGGUUCCCAUAGGGCUCCCAUAGGGCUCCCAUACAGCUCCCAUAGGGUUCCCAUAGAGCUCCCAUAGGGCUCCCAUACAGCUUCCAUAGGGCUCCCAAAGGGCUCCCAUAGAGCUUUCAUGCAGCUUCCACAGGGCUUCCAAGCAGCUUCCACAGGGCUCCCAUACAGCUUCCAUAGGGCUCCCAUACAGCUUCCAUAGGGCUCCCAUACAGCUUCCAUAGGGCUCCCAUACAGCUUCCAUAGGGCUCCCAUACAGCUUUCAUAGGGCUCCCAUACAGCUCCCAUAGGGCUCCCAUACAGCUUCCAUAGGUCUCCCAUACAGCUCCCAUACAGCUUCCAUAGGUCUACCAUACAGCUCCCAUACAGCUUCCAUACAGCUUCCAUAGGGCUCCCAUACAGCUCCCAUAGGGCUCCCAUACAGCUCCCAUAGGGCUCCCAUACAGCUCCCAUAGGACUCCCAUGAGGCGCCCAUACAGCUUCCAUAGGGCUCCCAUACAGCUCCCAUACAGUUCCCAUAGGGCUCCCAUACAUCUCCCAUACAGCUUCCAUAGGGCUUCCAUACAGCUUCCAUAGGGCUUCCAUAGGGCUCCAGUCAAAAGUAGUGCACUGAAUAGGGAAUAUAGCACGCAGUCCUAUUCAACAAAUGUCUUGGUAUACCUCUAUAUUUAUACCUGUACACGGAAACAUUUUGCAUUUUGAGAUUGUUUGUUUAUGGUAUAGGUUACAUACCAUAUAGAUUAUAUACCAUAUACUGUAGAUUACACUGAGAGUACAAAACAUGAUCAACACUUGCUCUUUUCAUGACAUAGACUGACCAAGUGAAUCCAGGUGAAAGCUAUGAUCCCUCACUUGUUAAAUCCAUUUUAAUCAGUGUAGGUGAAGGGGAGGAGACAUGUUAAGGAAGGAUUUUUAAGCCUUGAGUCAUGGAUUGUGUGUGUGCCAUUCAGAGGGUAAAUGGGCAAGAUAAAAUAUUGAAGUGCCUUUGAACGGGGUAUGGUAGUAGGUGCCAGGCGCACCGGUUUAUGUCAAGAACUACAACGCUGCUGGGUUUUUCACGCUCAACGCUGUCCCAUGUCUGUCAAGCACAGGAGGUUGGUGGCACCUUAAUUGGGGAGGACUGGUUGGUGGUAAUGGCUGGAGUGGAAUCAGUGGAAUGGUAUCAAAUACAUCAAACGCAUGGUUUGAUGCCGUUCCAUUUGCUCCGUUCCAGACAUCAUUAUGAGCCGUCCUCCCCUCAGCAGCCUCCACUGGUAUCCAGAAUGGUCCACCACCAAAAGGACAUCCAGCCAACUUCACACUGUGGGAAGCAUUGGCGUCAACAUGGGCCAGCAUCCCUGUGGAACGCUUACAACACCUUGUAGAGUUCAUGUCCCGACGAAUUGAGGCUGUUCUGAGGGCAAAAGGGGGUACAACUCAAUAUUAGGAAGGUGUUCCUAAUGUUUUGUCCACUCAGUGUAUAUACCGUAUGGUAUACUGUACCAGUCCAAAGUUUGGACAUACCUACUCAUUCAAGGGUUUUCUUUAUUUUUUUACUAUUUUCUACAUUGUAGAAUAAUAGUGAAGACAUCAAAACGAUGAAAUAACACAUACUGGAUUGAAAUGUUGUUUUUGCCCCGUGGGAUUUUAGUAUGUACGGUAUACAACUGAGGGGAGAUGAUUUUGUACACAGACCCUAAUUUAGGUUAGCCUGGCCCCAGAUCGGUUUGUGCCGUCUUGCCUGUUUGGCGUGCCAACCACACCAUAGACGUUGGCAAGGACCAAGCUACAUACAUGUAGGUAAAUGAAAUUGGCUGAAAAUACCAGGCUUUACUUCGUAUGUACUCGGUGGGCAGGGUACAUUGGGUUGGUGCUGCUUUACUGUGUAAACUACUGACCAAGUGCCUUUACAGACACUUUAUUUGCUUAGCCUGCGUGCCAGUCUGCUUGUGCUGUAUUGACAAUAAUGGAGCGAUAAGGUGUUGGCAAUAGAGGACAAACAGAUUGGCACUCAGGCUAUUAUUGACUUAUUAUAGCCCAGAUAAUAUAUAUUCUGUAGAUGUUACUACCCCAAUGUACUGUAGCAGAACUGGUAAAAUGAGGAAAUGAAAUGCUGUUGUAGGCUACUUCAGUGUCACAACUCCAGGCAGACAGAAUGACAAUGCAAUCAAUGUAUAAUGCCAUUAUAUAUGGGAGUCUAGUCUAUCGGGUGUUUUUUUGUUUGUUUAUGUUGUCAUUUUUUUCAAUGUUUUGUCAGUCUACUGGUUCACUGUUUAUCACCACUAUUUGCCUUUAUUAUAAAUAAUGGUAUGUUUACUAACCCUUCUCUAUACUGUGAGCCAAAGACACAUCCAUAAUCUACACCUCAAACUCUCUCAGAAACACUAGGUUCAAACGUAGUAAUGCAGUACUAGCUAGCUCAAUAUUAGCUCAACCUGUUUAAUACUAGCUCAACCUGUUUAAUACUAGCUCAACAUGUUGAAUACUAGCUCAACCUGUUUAAUACUAGCUCAGCAUGUUUAAUACUAGCUCAACGUGUUGAAUACCAGUAAUACUAGCGCAGCAUGUUUAAUACCAGUAAUAUUAGCUCAGCAUGUUUAAAACUAGCUCAACGUGUUGAAUACUAGCAAUACUAGCUCAACAUGUUUAAAACUAGCUCAACAUGUUUAAUACUAGUAAUACUAGCUCAACAUGUUGAAUACUAGCAAUACUAGCUCAGCAUGUUUAAAACUAGCUCAACAUGUUUAAUACUAGUAAUACUAGCUCAACAUGUUGAAUACUAGCAAUACUAGCUCAGCAUGUUUAAAACUAGCUCAACAUGUUUAAUACUAGUAAUACUAGCUCAACAUGUUGAAUACUAGCAAUACUAGCUCAGCAUGUUUAAAACUAGCUCAACAUGUUUAAUACUAGUAAUACUAGCUCAACAUGUUGAAUACCAGUAAUACUAGUUCAACAUGUUCAAUACUAGCUCAAAACAAGUAAUAUUAGCUCAACAUGUUUAAUACUAGUAAUACUAGCUCAGCAUGUUUAAAACUAGCUAAACAUGUUGAAUACUAGUAACACUAUCUUAACAUGUUUAAUACUAGCUCAAAACAAGUAAUAUUAGCUCAACAUGUUUAAUACUAGCACAAUAUUAGAUCAAAUUGUUUGACAGUUACCAUAAUGAUUUCCCAUUAUUCACUAAAUGUUCCUAAGUACUGUAUACUGUAUGUACAUAGUUCAGUAUUUUUCAACCCGUGGACAUGUGCCGGUUCGUGAGAUACUGCUGACCAGUCUCCGGUCCUUGGUACAAAAAAAGUUUGAGGAGCACUGACCAGUUUGGUUCAAAAUUAAGUGAUGGAACAUUUCACUUUUGUUUUCUACCGCCCUCUAGUGGCGCUAAAAAGCUUCAACUGAAAGAACACUGCAUCAUUAACCAGUACCAAAUCUCUUUCCCCCUCAGCUCACUCUCACAAAGCUCAUCAGCGUCCUGCAUGCACAGCUCUUUGUAUUGUUUUAACACAUUCUUCCAUUAACCAACCGUGAUGCACAUGCAGCAGCUCUGUUCGCUCCUAAAAUGGAUGCCAAGAGAGCUCAGUGUUGUAAGUCCGAAAUGCCACACUGUUCUCUAUAUAAUGCACUUUUAACCAGAGCCCUUAUAGAUUCUGGUUAAACGUAGCGCUACUAUAUAGGGAAUGGAGUGCCAUUUGGGACUUAACUGUUUGUUCACUUCCAGUGUGAUUUCCAAGAAGUGAUUGUGGGCCCACUGAAUGUUAAUGUUAAAUCACGUGUAAGAAGGACAUUUUGAUGCUUUAAAAGUAGUUGUGUUUAUUAUAUUAUUUACUGUCUGAACCCAGUGGGGUGUAUUAUAAAGAAACCAUGGUUUAAGCAAUA